AUGGAAGAUUCUAGCAACUGUGAUGGAGAGAGUGUAGCGAUGAUCUCAAAUCAGAAGACUCUCAAUAUUGAAUUGCCUUCUAGCUCUGAUGUUGAAGUCAGCUCUAUGGUUUCUAUGAAAGAGGGCUGUGAAUCACCUUUGUCAUCAUGGGAUUCUGAACCCGAAAGCUCUAUGGUUUCUAUGAAAGAGGGCUGUGAAUCACCUUUGUCAUCAUGGGAUUCUGAACCCGAAAGCUCUAUGGUUUCUAUGAAAGAGGGCUGUGAAUCACCUUUGUCAUCAUGGGAUUCUGAACCCGAAGCUGAUAUCUCAUCUAUAAUCAGCUGUCAUAUAAUGGCCGAGGAAUCCCUUCAGGAUAUUAAUCUUGAAGGAAACUUUCUUGAUAUGGAAGAGCAAAACCAUUUUGUUGGGGUGGAAAACUUGGAUGAUGGUUUUUCGUGGGAGAUGGACAAUAGAAGUUACGACGAGUUGCUCAAAAAGUUCAAUGAAAAGGAGGAAGAGCUAAGAGUUUCGAAUUUAAAGCUUCAACUUUCGGAACAAGAGAUUAUCAAGUUGGCGGAUCAAGUUGAUGAUGUGUGUGAAAUAUUGGAGCUGAAAGAGAAUAAACUUGAUGAUGCGCGCGGAGAAUUGAAAUUGAAAAAGUGUGAGCUUAAUAGUGUGCGCAAAGAAUUAAAGUUGAAAGUGGAGCAGUUGAAUGAACAACAGAAGCUUUCAGAAGAAGAGAUUUUCAAGUUGAAGAAUCAGGUUAAAGAAAGUGAGAAUCAGCUUGAUAAUGUGCGGAGUGAAUUGAAUCUGAAAAAGGAAGAGUUGCAAAAACAAACUGCUAAAUUGGAAACUCAUAUUCCAGACUUUGUCCACAAGAUUAUAAAUUUGACAGAACAACUUGAAGCGGCUCAUAAGAAACUCAAGAUUUCAACCGAAGAAAUUGCAACUUUACGAAUGGAACUUUGUAGUGAGUCAUCUAUGACUCAUCAGUUGCAAUGUCAGAUUAAAGAGGAAAAGAAAAAUAUGGCUGUAUUAGAAGCCUUGGUUGAGAAAAAUGAGGAUAAUAACAUUAAGCACGAGGAGGAUUUGAGAAAAUUGAAUUCGGCACUGUAUGAUUUGCAGUAUAGGUUCUUUUGCCAGGAAAAAAAGAUGGAUUGUGAUAUUGCAAGUUUGUCUGAACAGAAGAAACAAUUGACCUCUAAACUAGAGGACUGUGAGUCUAGAAACAAGGAAUUAGAACAAAAAGUUAUGCAAAAUGAAGCUGAACAUUUGAAACAUUUCCAAUAUGAAAUCAAGCAUAUGAGGAAAAAGCUUGAUGAUAGAAUGAAAGAUGUAGAAGCUGCAAAUAAGAAAUCAGAAAAAACAAUGAUUGAAUUAGAUGAAGCCAAUGUCAAGAUUGAUAAGCUUAAGGCUGAGUUAUGUUUCUGCGACGAUGAAAUAUCACAUAUGAAGAAAUAUAUGAACGAGAUAAACACAUCACGAAAGGUGAAUGAAGAAAAAAAGUUGAAAUUGAAAGUGGAGGAACUUGAAAAAGAGGUGAGUAAACAGAAUGGUGUGAUCUUGGAUAUGGCUGAGGAGAAGAAGGAGGCAAUUAGACAGCUAUGUAAUUCACUUGAGCACUAUAGGAAUGGAUAUAUUGAACGUAUCCAAGCAUUGAGUGGUUUAUAA